CAAGCUCCCUGUGUCCGUGCUGCAGGUGCGGCUGUGGAGGCACGCCGGAGCUUGGAGGAGCUGGGAAGCAGCACCUUACAGCACACUGGUGCCAUCUGACGAAGUAACUAUUAACUACAGACAUGGUCUUCCUGUGAUAACUCUUACACUGCCCACGAGAAAUGAACGCUGUCAGUUCACUGUUAAGCCAAUAGUGACCACUGUAGGGGCAUUCCUUCAGGACGUGCAGAGAGAAGAUAAAGGAGUUGAGAGGGCGGAAGUCUUUGCAACAGAUGGCAGCAAGGUCUCUGAUGCAACCUUAAUGGAGGUCUUAUUGAUGAAUGACUUUAAACUUGUUAUCAACAACACAGCAUACAGGGUGUCACCUCCUGUAAAAGAUAAGCUGAGUAGUGAGCAUGCUACUGAAAUGGAAGAUAUCAAAUCCUUGGUUCACAGAUUGUUUGUGGCUCUACAUUUAGAAGAUCACCAGAUCAGGAAAGAGAGAGAAUUGCUACAGAAACUGGACCAUCUGAAAGAAGAGCUGCUGCCUCUUGAACAGAUGAAAGCCAGAGUCACAGACAGUGCAGAUGCAAAGACCUCCAGGCUUCUAUGGGUUGGCUUAGCUCUGAUGUCAACACAAGGGGGAGCGCUGGCAUGGCUCACAUGGUGGGUCUAUUCGUGGGACAUCAUGGAGCCAGUCACAUACUUCAUCACUUACGGGAGUGCCAUGGCUUUCUAUGCCUACUUUGUUCUUACUAAACAGGACUACAUUUACCCUGAUGCUAAAGACAGGCAGUUCCUCCACUACUUCUAUCGGAAAUCCAAGAAACAGCAUUUUAAUGUGGAACGAUAUAACAAGCUCAAAGAAGACCUAGCAGAGGGGGGAGAAACCCCGAGGCGUCUGCGCCAGCCUCUGCACCUGAGGCUACCAAUCCAGGAAAUCAAUGACAAGGACUGACUUUGCUUUUGUAUAUAUUAGAAUUGCCCUUUAAAAGCUGAUAUGAACAUUUAAUUACUCUACAGAAACUGGAUAUUUUUGACCACUAUAGUUUUAAAAGUUGCAAUAAAUAUCUGUAAAAAUUAUUUG